AUGUCACCAUCACGAAUUGAAGAGCAGACGGCCACCUUCCGAAUAGGUGUCGAUGUAGGAGGCACAAACACCGAUGCUGUUCUUGUGUCUCUCGACCCUGUGUCCAUACUUGCCUCACACAAGGCUCCUACAACUGCCGAUAUCACGACUGGUAUCACUAAUGCCGUCCGCACCGUCAUAGAUGCCUCCGGCGUGUCUCUCUCUUCCAUUGGGUGCGUCGUGAUUGGCACAACACACUUCGUCAACGCCGUCGUCCAGAGGUCCGCGACGCUACAACAUGUGAGCGUGGUGCGGCUAUGCGGAGGACCUAACGAGGGCUUCGGCCGCGAUCUGCCACCAUUCAUCGACUUCCCCGCCGAUUUACGAAACAAGAUCGAGGCCCCGUCCUACUUCUGCCAUGGCGGCUACCAAAUAUCCGGCGAGGAGAUCAGCCCCCUCGACGAAGCUGAGAUCGAACAUGUCGCGGAGCUGCUGGUUGAGGCGGGCGACACAAACAUCGUCAUCUCGGGCAUGUAUUCGCCGAUGAAUCACACACAAGAGUCGCGCGCAGCAGAGAUCCUUAUGAAACGCAUGACGGAGCUGAAGGGUGGAAAGCCAAAGCCUCGUGUCACAAUGUCGCACGAAGUGUCCCAGCUUGGCUUCCUUGCCCGAGAGAACGCUGCAAUUCUCAAUGCGACUCUACGGCCUCUAGCUGAGCAGACAAUUCGGGGCUUCCAGACCGCUAUUCGAGACAUUUUCAAGAACGAAUCUUGUGUUCUAUACCUCACCCAAAAUGAUGGCAGUGUCUUGAAAGCGGCAGACGCAAUCGAGCUGCCCAUUCGCACUUUCAACUCCGGCCCUACCAACUCCAUCCGUGGCGGAGAGUUUCUGUGGCGCGCAGCCAUGGAAAGCGAGGGCAAUGGGAAGGCCAACCGGGAGGAUGCCCUUGUUGUUGUCGACAUUGGAGGAACCACUUCGGACAGUGGGCUGCUCCUUGCUAAUGGUCUGCCGAUGAUGAGCUCCGUGACCAGUUUUGUUGGUGGUGUGCGUACCAAUUUCGCACUGCCUGCAGUUGAGAGCAUCGGUCUUGGUGGUGGCAGCAUUGUUCGAGACUUGGGCAAUGGGGAGCUUAGUGUUGGUCCUGGCAGCGUCGCUCUCGAGCUUCUGACCAAGGCCAAGAUAUUCGGUGGAGAGUACCUUACCAGCUCAGACAUUGCUGUUGCCUCCAAUCCCCAGAAGAACCCAUUCAAAGCCGUCGGCGGUGAUAUCGAUCGCCUGUCCGAUGUCCCCAAGGAGCUGCUGGACAAGGCUCAGGUCAUGAUGCAGCAGAGCCUGGAACAGCUCAUCGACAGAACCAAGAUUCAGAAGGGGGCAGUUGAUGUACUGAUCGUGGGAGGCGGUGCGCUUAUUGUCGACACCAAGCAGGAGUGGAAUGGCGUGCGAGCGAUCCGCACCGUCCAGGGCGGUGAGGUUGCCAACGCUGUUGGAGCUGCUAUCUCGAGGGUAUCUGCCGUAGUGGACACAGUCGUGGACACAACCCACCAGACUGUAAAGCAGGCCCAAGAGAAAGUUCGGGCUUUGGCGAUUGAGAAGACGAUGAGCCAGGGUGCGAAGAAGAAGACCGUGGAUGUAGCCGAGUUCACCAUUCUCCCUAUUCAGUAUGCGGACGGCAAAGCUCGCAUCAUUGCUCGAGCAAUUGGCGAGUUAGAUGUGGUGGUCGCGACAUCGGCCGCAAACGAGACGAUUGAUGACUUUGAAGAAGAUCUGGAUACGAGCACGCAUACAACCAAGACUACUGCAACACAGAAUGGAAAUGAGGUGGCGAUCGAAGAACCUGCCGAUGUACAAACCUACAGACCAACGAUCAAGGGCCGGGAAUGGAUCAUUUCGGCUAGUGAUCUGGAGUUCAUCGCCGCUGGCUGCAAAGUCCUCGGGUGCGGUGGCGGUGGUGAUCCAUAUCAGGAGUACCUCAAGGCCAAGUCGAUCCUAACAAGCGCUCCUGGCUCUGUUCGAGUUGUCUCUCCAUCAGACCUGCCCGAAGAUAGUCUCGUGGGCUGGACUGCCUGCAUCGGCAGCCCCGAGGUUAGCAUGGAGCGACUGGAGAACAACGAAUGCCUGCGGGCGCACGAAGAGCUGAUUCGGGCCACUGGCAGCCCAGAGGUGUCUGGAUUUCUGGCAGCUGAGAUCGGAGGUGGCAAUGGUGUUGUCAACCUCGGCGUCUCAGCUCAGAAGGGUGUACCGUGCUUGGACGCCGAUCUUAUGGGCCGGGCUUAUCCUACGAUGUGGCAAUUGACAUUCAACGUGUACGGCUCUUCCAAGGGAGAAGCGCUGGUGCCAACGAGCAUCGCCAGCGGCGACGGGACGGUGGUGACCAUGACCGAGACACGUACCGACAAAAUGGUCGACAAGACGCUACGUGCCGCGUGUGUCGUGAUGGGGUGCCGUGCUGGUAAUGCUGGUCCCCCGAAAAAGGCCAAACUGGUUCAGGAACAGGCUGUGUCCAACACAGUGUCGCUGGCAUGGUGGAUCGGUUAUGCCGUGGCUACGCAGAAGAGCAUCGAGGACAAGAUGCGGUCCAUCAUUGAUGCAGUUGGUGGGCCAGCGAGUGCGUGCGUUCUAGCAGAGGGUAAAAUUACCAGCGUCGAGCGCGUUCUCAAGACCGGUCACACAUACGGCGUGCUUGAAGUCGACGGAGCGCUGAGUGAUGGCACCAAGGCUGUCAUCAAAGUUCCCUUCAAGAACGAAAAUGCCUAUGUUGAGGCCGUUUUGGCGGACGGUAGCUCGUCCAUUCUUGCAGCGGUGCCAGACCUGAUAGCUGUCAUUGACUCGGAGACGGGCGUUGGCCUGGGUACGCCCGAGUAUAAGUACGGGCUACGCGUCAUAAUUCUUGCCAUGGCAGCAUCACCCAGAUGGACUGACUCAAAGCGAGGGAUGGAGUUGGGAGGACCUGGGUCCAUGGGGUUUGAAAGGAUCGAGUACAAGCCCAUAGGGCAGUACAAGCAGCCACGGAGCGUGAUUGACGCGUUCGCGAGCUGA